AAAUCAAUUUCUUUGCUUCACUCGCGUGUUACCAUGACAACCAAUGUUUCCGGAAAAUGACUAAGCCGAUCCGUCUGCAACAAUUGGUCGCGUCCUCAAUGCAACUUGCGAUCACUUUUAUCCAACAACAAAACCAGCUGCAAAGGAUGGUCUUUCUCACUCAUAUCUCUAUGCAGCAAUAGUCCCUAAGAUGGCGGCGUACAUGUCGCCUACGCCAGCAGCGUUCGCUUCCAGCCUUAGCAGUUCGCGCCGUCCUCUGCACCGAACCACAACACGACCUGCCACGAACCGUGUUCAACCCGUAUCCCACCCACAAGCAACCAAAUCAAGCUCACGAGCUCAUCGAGACAUGACAGGGGACAGCUCCGACGAUGACGACCUUGCUCCGAUCAAGUUGAGCGCCGAAGCACAGGCGAUACUGGGAGAAGAACCUUCAGGGGAAGCUGACAAGGAAAAUCGGCAACCACAAAUACAAACAAUACGGAAUACAGGCUCUGCUUUUCGCAGAAGUAGGGUCAACCCUGUCGAAUUGCUGAAGGUUACCAGUCCAUUAAAACAUCAGGAUGGUAGUCCGGCUCCACGAGUCGUCCGAGUCAGUUCUACUGCACGUCCAGGACCAAACGUCAUCCUAGGAAGAGAUGGAUCAUUCAUGUACAAAAUCCACGAAAAGUCUUCUACACGUGCACAAAUGGAGAAGCACGACUCUCAUACUCCUGCACCCAGUGUACGACGCAUACGCAUCAGCGACUCUCGACGACUAUCCAGAUCUCCUCCAUCGCCCCAGGCCCAUCAGCAGCCUCAGCCUGAGCCUGAGCCCGAGCCCGAAUCAAUACCGGAUCAGCCUCGGACCGCAAGUCGUGCAGUCAGUCCACCCAACCAUGAAAUCCACAGCAGCCCGGAGGAAGACGGUGCUGCUAUGCCUUCCACUAUCGCACGCUCUCGAAAGCCCGAUGAGCACGGUGCCCAAUCUACAAUGCGCGUUCGAAGAAUUGGAGGUGCUCUGCUCAACAGGCCAGUAAGAAGAGGUAUGGUGCGCCGCCCAAGCGAGGAGGAUCAAAUUACUCUCGAACAGCAAGAGCAGGAACAGGCAAAUACUCCCGAGAUUGAAGUGGGUAGAAGGGCCCCAGAGCCAGAUCUGGUGGAUUUGCCGGAGGACAUACUUGGCAUGCAAGGUAGUCCCGAGCAGAUCAAACCAACGAAGCCGUCUGCCAGGCAUGUCUCUCCUGAGCGGAUCGAGCCGCAAGAGUUGCCGGAACGGCCAGCAUCAAGGCCACCGUCCGUACAGCAAGCUCAGCCAACACCACGUUUUCACGAACUACCCCUUUCCUCCAAAUCCUCGAGCUCUCACAAGAACCCUAUCUUCAAGAUUCCUCCCCUGCCAUCAGCCGCACCAGCGUCUGGGCAAGAAAAUGAACCUCCACCAACCUUUCGAAGGACGAAAGCCGCCGCCCCAAUCUUGGAAAUCCACAAUGAUGGGCCAAAGUCAGACCAAAAGCCAGCAGAAGUCGUAUCUGCACAGCGUUCCCCGUCCAGACAACCACUUGUUCCAAAGUCCAACAACACUCCCCACAGACCAGCCCCUGCGCCGCCGCCGAAGAUGUCGAUCCUAGACGCAGCGACCUCAAACGCAGGCUCCCGGAACAAAAAGUCAGUCCACUAUGUCUUGAACGGCAAGACCUACAGACGUCUAGACUGUAUAGGAAGAGGAGGAUCCUCAAGGGUAUUUCGCAUUAUGGCAGAGAACUACAAAAUCUUCGCCCUGAAGAGAGUCAACCUCGAAGACGCCGAUAUAGCCGCUAUAGCCGGUUAUAAGGGUGAAAUCGACCUACUCAAAAAACUUGAGAACGUGGAUAGGGUGAUCCGGCUAUACGACUACGAGAUCAACGAAGAGAAAGGCGUGCUGAACGUGAUGAUGGAGCUGGGCGAAUCUGAUUUCAACAAGAUGCUCAACGAGCAACUCAAGGGGGACAAUGCAAAGCUGGAUAUCACAUUUACGCGGCACUACUGGAAAGAAAUGCUCGAGUGCGUGCAGGCCGUGCACGACUAUGACAUUGUGCAUUCCGACCUCAAACCGGCGAAUUUUCUGCUGGUCAAGGGGCAAUUGAAGUUGAUUGAUUUCGGAAUUGCCAAUGCCAUCCAGGACGACACGGUGAAUGUGCAUCGCGAGAACCAGAUUGGCACACCGAAUUACAUGAGCCCUGAAAGUCUGGUGUGCCAUACACCUGCUGCUGGUAGCGCGCCGGGCACAAAAUUGCUCAAACUCGGCAAGCCCAGCGACGUAUGGAGCUUGGGGUGUAUCCUCUAUCAAAUGACGUACGGACAGCCGCCGUUUGCGCAUAUUCAGAAGCAGUUUGAGAGGAUUAUGAGUAUUCCUAAUCCGAAGGUUGAGAUCAGUUUUCCGAAUACUGGGAUUGGUGGUGUUGUGGUGCCUUUUGGAUUGAUUAAGACGCUGAGACGGUGUCUGACGCGAGAGCAGGCGCUGCGCCCGACGAUUGCGGAGUUGCUGGGCGAGGCUGAUCCGUUUCUGCAUCCUGUUGCUAUUAGCCCGGAUAUGCUUGGGAGGGUGAUUGGGAAUGUUGUUGGGUAUUGUCGACGACGGGAGGAGGCGAUGAGAAGUAGGGGUGAGAUUACGAGUUUGGAUGGUGUGAGUUGUUUGCCGAAGGACGAUGAGAUGAUGGGGUGGCCUUUGGCUUUUUAUGAAAAGUUGAAACAGGCUCAAGAGGAGGGAACGGCGUGGUAACCACCUCGGUGUUCCACGUUCAUGUCUGAGAUUCGGUUUUCUGGGUGACAUGUUGUACAAAAAGCCGGUUUGGAUAGCAGGCGAGCCUUUGUGGUAUUUAUGUGUCGUUGUCGCGAUGGGUUUGGGGUUGGGAAAAGACUAUACCCCUUUGCGAGGUGUUUUGCCGUUCGACUGGGUGAGCGGCGACUGUCCGGUGCGGUCCUCUGCUUACUUCCUGCGUUCAAGCGAUGAGUUAAAUUGGACUUCACAAGUAUCAAAGUAUGGUUAUUGUAUAUUC